CGCCCCCUUUAACCCGGGAGUCAUUGGAAAGACCUGGACGAGCCACGGCUCCAACCCGAGCGCCACCUCAUGCUUGCCUGCACCGUACUGUUCGUAAGGAUUGCUUCCUGCUGCUGCCCACUGUGUUGUACCGCCCGCGCCUCGGACUCUUAGACCUGGGCUGGGCGUGAUCCGUCCUGAAGCAUCCCGUUGCUUGCAUAUCGUUGUUGCCUUUGCACCCUGAUCCCAAUCCUCCCACCUAGACAUUCGUUUUUUUGUCAUUGUCAUUGUCAUUGUCUUGUUUGACGCUCGCUCGCUUGUAAUCGAGUUGUAGUGGUUGUUGAGCCGUUCGUUGGUCUCGAGACUUUGCUGCCCGCAGUCUCGGAUUUCACCACCUUCACGUCCUUGUUGUGGCGGAAAAGAGCUCCCGGCAAGGCAUCUCCUACGACGGGAGUCGCAGACGAAAUAUUCUUCCUCGCCGUUUCCCAGUUUGGGCCUAAGAGCGUAGCAGUGCUCGAUUCUGCACGAUCUCCAGCCCGGCCCCGAACCACAACGGCCACUGAGGGGACGCUUGGGCUAGGUAUUUCCCAGACGCCAUCUCUGGCUGUCUCGGACGACCCUCAACGUCCACCAUGGCGUCCAACGUCCACGGCGGCAACGGUGGUGCUCACACGCAACCAUCCUUGCCCUCGUUGCCCGCCCAUCUCCAGUCCGACACACAGAUCACGGCACACCUGGCCAGUCGAUUCCAUGUCAACAUACCCACGGCACAGCUGUCCUCUCACGCGCUCAUCUCCCUGAAUACCUAUACCUCCUCCACCAAGGGUCACGAUGGCGGCAAGGAGGGGAGUGCCAUGGCUGGUGCCGAGGACAUGGCCGGCAGGGCCUUCAUCAGGCUUGGCCAUCGUUCCGAGAACCAGGCCAUUCUGUUCCUUGGUGAAUCCGGCUCUGGCAAGACUACCGUACGAUCACACAUCCUGACCGCUCUCCUGAACAAGACAUCUACGCCUCUCUCUAAUAAGGUCUCCUUGGCUGCGUACGUCUUCGACACCCUGACCACCACCAAAACCGCGACCACGCCAACUGCCUCGAAGGCUGGCUUGUUUUACGAGCUACAGUACGACACAUCCUCCUCGACGCAUCCGGAGCUGAUCGGUGGCAAGCUUCUUGACCACCGUCUCGAACGGAGCAGGAUCGCAGAAGUACCAACCGGAGAGCGGAACUUUCACGUCCUCUACUACCUUCUCGCCGGAACCAGCGGUGCUGAAAAGCAGCAUCUUGGCCUCGACCAACCUGGCGGGGCUAGUCAGAAGAGGUGGAGAUAUCUUGGCCAUCCCACACAGCUCAAGGUCGGCAUCAAUGACGCUGAGGGCUUCCAGCUGUUCAAGACGGCUCUGAGGAAGCUCGAAUUCGCGAGGGGCGAGAUCGCAGAGAUUUGCCAGAUCCUUGCAACUAUCCUGCACAUUGGUCAGCUAGAGUUCGAGACGUCCAACAGUACCACGGCCCAGGGAGACGACAGCGGUGGUUUCUCUCAUGAGGGUGGUCAGACCUCUACCACAGUCAAGAACAAAGAUGUCCUUAGCAUCGUGGCAGCUUUCCUUGGGGUGGGUCAGCAAGAUCUACAGACAACUCUGGGUUACAAGACCAAGAUCAUUCACAAGGAGAGGGUCACGGUCAUGCUGGACCCUGCGGGUGCCCGGUCCAACGCCAAUGAGCUCGCCAGGACCCUAUAUUCUCUGCUCGUUGCCUACGUCAUUGAGAACAUCAACCAGAAGAUAUGUGCCCCCGAGGAGUCCAUUGCCAACACCGUCUCCAUCGUGGACUUCCCCGGUUUUAUCCAGCAGUCCCCCACCCACUGCACGAUUGAUCAGCUUCUGAACAACGCUGCCACGGAAGCCCUUUACAACUUGACAUUGAAGAACUUCUUUGACAACAAGGCGGAGCUGCUUGAGAGCGAGGAAGUGUCUGUUGCGGCAACCAGUUACUUCGACAACUCAGACGCCACCAAGGGUCUUCUCAAGACUGGAAAUGGCUUGCUGAGUAUCCUUGAUGACCAGACUCGGCGUCACCGCACCGAUAUCCAGCUGCUGGAGAGUCUGAGGAAACGAUUCGACGGCAAGAACCCAGCCAUUUCUGUCAGCUCUGCUACCGCCAGACUUCCAGGCAGCAACUUCCUGUCCGAGAAUUCCGCUGCAUCAUUCACUGUCAGGCAUUUUGCUGGGGAGGUUGAAUACCAUGUCAAGGGUUUGGUUGAAGAGAACGGUGAGGUUAUUUCGGGCGACCUGCUUAACCUCAUCAACUCGACCAAGAGCGACUUCGUGGCCCGUCUCUUUGGUCAGGAGGCUCUGCAAACCGUGGUACACCCGCAAGAGCGAACUGCUGUUAUGCAGGCCACCGUCAGCUCGAAGCCUACGCGUGCUCCCAGCGUCAUGUCGAGGAAGAACAGGUACCGCCCUGGCACAGUGAAGCGCCCUGGGACUGCCUACACCGCGGCUCAAGAGUCCGAGAAGGUGGAAGAGGAGGAGUCCAGCGAGCCAAAGCGAAGCAUCCGCCACAGUGAGCAAGGAGCAUCUGGUCAGUUUUUGUCUGCUUUAGACAAUGUGACCAAAUCUGUAACUGCGCCUGGCACCAACGCGUACUUCGUAUUCUGUCUCAAGCCCAACGACAGGAGGAUCGCAAACCAGUUCGACAGUAAAUGUGUCCGGACACAGGUCCAGACCUUUGGUAUUGCGGAGAUUAGCCAGCGCCUUCGCUCGGCAGACUUCACCAUUUUCCUACCUUUUGCCGAAUUCCUCGGCCUCGCUGACGCGGACACGAUCCUUGUUGGCAGUGAACGCGAGAAGGUCGAGCUUGUUGUUGAGGAGAAGCGGUGGCCGAGCAAUGAAGUGCAAGUAGGCUCAACCGGUGUCUUCCUCAGUGAACGCUGCUGGAUGGAGAUGAACAACUUUGCCGAGAUCGACUCGAACCGAUAUCGACUACCAUCCGAUGCGGGCGACAACCUGACACCAAGCGGCACUCCAGGCGACCCAUUUGCUGCUUCCAAGGAACGCCUGCUUUCAGCAAGCAACACGCCUGGCUACAACGACAAGUCCAAAUCCGGGUACUUUGGCAGCGACGAUGUUGACGCCCGCUCAGAUGCCGGCAUGACCGCGAUAGGCGGCGGUGACAUGUUCAAAAACCUCGAGACUCGCGAGGAGAUGGCUCAGAAGAGCAACGAGAAGACCAUGGAGGAAGUUGAGGAAUUCAGGGAUACCGGUACUCGAAAGCGCUGGGUCUUCUUCGUGUACCUCCUGACCUGGUGGGUGCCGGACUUCCUCAUCCGCAAGUUGGGCAAGAUGCCUAGAAAGGAUGUGCGCAUGGCCUGGCGAGAAAAGUUGGCAAUCAACAUGAUCAUCUGGCUCAGCUGCUUGAUCGCCAUCUUCUUCACUAUCGCCUUGCCUCAGAUUAUCUGCCCCAAGCAGAACGUCUACAGCUCUGCCGAACUCACGGACUACAACGGCAAGAACGGCAAGGGGAUGUAUGUCGCAAUCCGUGGUAUCGUCUUCGACUUGGAGGCAUUCAUGCCGACUCACUACCCCUCUUACAUUUCCGAUAACCUCAUGGAGAGAUUUGCCGGCCAGGAUGUCACCGACCUGUUCCCAGUUCAAGUUUCAGCACUGUGCCAGGGCGUUGAUGGCAAAGUCGACCCAUCUGUGUCUCUAGACUACACGUCGACCAAUUUCACAGGAGAUGCGAGAACUACCAGCAUCACUUCUCUGUACGCCAAGUACCAUGACUUCAAUUACUACCAGAAUGACAGCCGUCCAGACUGGUUCACGGAGCAAAUGAUCAGGCUCAAGCAAGGUGGCUACAAGAAGGGCAACAUCGGCUACACGCCUGAGUACAUCAAGAAGCAGGGCCAGAAAGGCAAGUCUGUCGGCAUCAUCGGCUCUCGUAUCUAUGACAUGACCAAGUAUGUCGCUGGCGGCCGGCGCUUGAGAGCCCCUGCUGGCGAGGACCCACCGUCGGAUGGUGAGCUCGGCAACUUCAUGGACCAACUUGUUGUGGACCUCUUCCAGCAGAAGGCCGGCUCAGAUGUCUCUAAACUGUGGGAUGCUCUGGCUCUCGACGUGGCCAAGAAGCAACGGAUGAAGCUUUGCCUGGACAACCUCUUCUACAUCGCAGACGUCGACACUAGGAACUCCGUCAAGUGUCAGUUCGCCAAUUACCUGAUUCUGGCUGUGUCAAUCCUUCUCUGCGCCAUCAUUGGAGUCAAGUUCCUCGCUGCCUUGCAAUUCGGCGGGAACAACGUGCCAGAGAACCUGGACAAAUUCAUCAUGUGUCAAAUUCCAGCCUAUACAGAAGACGAAGAUUCUCUUCGACGUGCUAUCGACUCAGCUGCUCGUAUGCGCUACGACGACAAGCGCAAACUGCUCAUUGUCAUUUGCGACGGAAUGAUUAUUGGACAAGGCAAUGACCGGCCCACGCCUCGUAUUGUUUUGGACAUUCUUGGUGUCUCUGAGACUGUCGACCCCGAGCCGCUCAGCUUCGAGUCCCUCGGUGAAGGUAUGAAGCAACACAACAUGGGCAAGGUCUACUCUGGUCUGUAUGAGGUCCAGGGUCACAUCGUUCCCUUCCUGGUCGUGGUCAAAGUCGGCAAGCCUUCAGAGGUCUCCCGUCCUGGUAACCGUGGCAAGCGAGACUCGCAGAUGGUCAUCAUGCGCUUCCUCAACCGCGUCCACUACAACCUGGCCAUGAGCCCCUUGGAACUGGAAAUGUACCACCAAAUACGGAACAUCAUUGGCGUCAACCCAACUUUCUACGAAUUCCUCUUGCAAAUGGACGCAGAUACUGUUGUUGCCCAGGACUCUGCUACCCGCUUCGUCUCGGCCUUCUUGGACGACACUCGCCUCAUCGCUGUUUGCGGUGAGACCGCCCUCACCAACGCCAAGAGCUCCUUCGUCACCAUGAUCCAGGUCUACGAAUACUACAUCUCGCAUAACUUGGUCAAGGCCUUUGAAAGUCUUUUCGGCUCUGUCACCUGUCUUCCUGGUUGUUUCACCAUGUACCGCAUCCGCGCCGCUGAUUCAGGCAAGCCACUCUUCGUCAGCCGAGAAGUUGUCGAGCAGUACGCGACGAUUCGUGUCGACACCCUCCACAUGAAGAACCUGCUCCACCUUGGUGAGGAUCGAUACCUGACAACGCUGCUCCUGAGGCACCACCAGCAGUACAAGACCAAGUACAUGAUGAAGGCACACGCAUGGACCAUCGCACCCGAUUCCUGGACUGUUUUCCUCUCGCAAAGACGUCGUUGGAUCAACUCCACCGUGCACAACCUGAUGGAACUCAUGCCCAUGAACCAGCUCUGUGGUUUCUGCUGCUUCAGCAUGCGUUUCAUCGUGUUCAUGGACCUGCUGACCACUGUUGUGCAACCUGUCACAAUUGCGUACAUCGUCUACCUGAUUGUUCUCCUCUCCAUCGACGCUACCGUCGUGCCCAUGACAGCCUUCAUCAUGCUUGGUGCUAUCUACGGUCUGCAGGGUAUCAUCUUCAUCGUUCGUCGCAAGUGGGAAAUGAUCGGAUGGAUGCUGCUCUACAUCUGCGCCGUCCCCGUUUACUCGUUUGCCCUCCCUCUGUACGCUUUCUGGCACAUGGACGACUUCAACUGGGGUAACACUCGUGUCAUUGCCGGUGAGAAGGGCAAGAAGGUGGUCAUCUCCGACGAGGGCAAGUUCGACCCGGCCUCCAUCCCCCGCAAGAAGUGGGAGGAGUACCAGGCCGAGCUCUGGGACGCCCAGACUGCGCGCGACGACGUACGCUCCGAGGUCUCCGGCUUCAGCUACGCAACCAAGGCGGGCCCCAACGUCGGCGUGUCAGAGUACGGCUGGGGCGGCUACACCCCCUCGCGGCCUGGCUCUGUGGUCAACUACGGCCAUGGCCCGUACAACAACAGCUCUGGUGACCUCAAGGUGCCCCUGGCCGGCUCCCAGAGCCGCCUGAGCUUCGCGGCGAGCGAGAUGAUGGGCGGUGGCCACACCCCUGUCAACCGCGCGAGCCAGUUCGGCGGCAGCCAGUUCUUCGGCGGCAGCCAGAACGACCUCGAGAUGAGCAACCUCGCCGGCCUGCCCGGCGACGACGCGCUGCUGGCCGAGAUCCGUGAGAUCCUGCGCACCGCGGACCUCAUGACCGUGACCAAGAAGGGCGUCAAGCAGGAGCUUGAGAGGAGGUUCGGCGUCCCGCUCGAUGCCAGGAGGGCGUACAUCAACUCAGCCACCGAAGCAUGCCUUUCCGGGCAGCUGUAGAUUCCGUUCUUGGAUAUACACCACAUCAUCAGCACUUGAUACAUGUUUUGACCUGCAUACCAUUUACAUAAUUAACUAAUGGCCCGUUUUGAUAAUGCGUACCACCAUCUUGAGGAAGGGGAAAGUUUGUAGAGUUAUCCUUUGACAGACCUAACUGGGCCUUUGUCGCAAUAUCAUCUUGGAUCUUGGUAAAGGGGACGAGCAACCACCAAAAAAGGGAAAGAAGAAAUCGCAUUUUAAUGACGGCGGCUGGUGUUGGGAAUGAUGUCUUUGCAAAUGGCCUGCGUGGAGUUGUGACGUUGAUUUUCUAGUUUUUUGACUAGCUACUCACGUAGUUCACACAUUUUGGUAUAUGGGAUCGGCAAGCAAUUGGAUUUUAAAUUGAACAUUG